CGCAGGAGCCCGGCUUUCACUUCCUCUCGCCUCCGCCCGCCUCCCCGGCUCACCGGCUGGCGUCGCCACCGCCUCCUCGUCCCCGGCCACCGCUGUCGCCGCUGCUGCAAUCCAGGACGCACACUCUUCCACUUUCCCGCUGGAGGCGCGGAGGAUGCCUCUUGCACCAGAUCCGAAGAAAUAGCCCGGGGCCCGGCUGGACGAGCCUGGAGGGAGAGAAAGAAGCCCGACUCCGCUUUCCUUGAUGCCACUGCAGCAGCUGGCAGCUGGGAAGGCGCCCACGGAGCGGGCGCGCCAAGCGGGACGCGGGAGUCGCAGAGAGAGAGACCCCGGGCGCCUGCUGAGCUCCGCUGGCAGAGUUUGCGAGUGGCUGAGACCCCCAGGUGGCAGCCCUGAGCCCUGAUGCUUGACUGGAUAAAAGCCCGCCAGCUUCUGUUUCCACCUGGUGGACACGCCGAGCUCGGUCCCCAGCUGUGGAAGAGCCCGGAAACAGCCCUCGGUGAAAAAAUCCAGCCCCGACAGUCAUGAGGAACCGAGAAAGGACGAGACGUGAACUCCAGCUGUUGGUGAGCCCUAGCAAAAUCCUCCUCCGAUUGCUGUUUUCAAAGUUCUGCGGGAACUCCAAGGCAAAGAACAAGAUGUAGGAAAAUGGGACCCGCUCCUGGGGGUCCUGAGCCUCCAAGUCGCUUUCACGGCCCAAAGAAGCUCACCUUGAGCUCAGGAGGGUUGGUGGACUCCGUCCUCCAUUCUCGUGGCUUCAGCCAAGCUCUGGACUUGCCCUCCCGAUCUGAUCUUGGCAAUCACCUUCGCAGAGGGAAUAAGACUGAAGACUCCCAGGGGCGCCAUCCCUAAGGGAAGCAAGAGAAACAAAGCGCGCCUCCAUCCCCUCCCUGGACCACAUCCCCUGACCCCCAGCUGAGCCCCAGCGACCCAGUCCGGAAUGAUCCCGCUAUGGCCAAGCUCUGGUUCAAAUUCCAGCGGUACUUCCGCAGGAAACCCGUGCGUUUCUUCACCUUCCUGGUGCUCUACCUGACGGCCGGGAGCCUCGUCUUCCUUCACUCUGGUUUUGUGGGUCAGCCCGCUGUCUCCCAGAACCAGGCCAACCCCGCCGCGGGGGCCCCAGCAGAGGGCGCUGAGCUGCCCUUCUUGGGCGACUUAAAUCUGGGCAGAGGCUUCCGGGACACAGGUGAAGCCUCGAGCAUCGCCCGCAGGUACGGACCCUGGUUCAAGGGCAAGGACGGGAAUGAGAGAGCCAAGCUGGGGGACUACGGUGGAGCCUGGAGCCGGGCCCUCAAGGGGAGGGUCGUCCGGGAGAAGGAGGAGGAGCGAGCUAAGUACAUCGGCUGCUACCUGGACGACACCCAGAGCCGGGCCCUGCGAGGCGUGUCCUUUUUCGACUACAAAAAGAUGACUGUCUUCCGUUGCCAAGACAACUGCGUGGAACGGGGCUACUUGUAUGCCGGGCUGGAGUUCGGCGCCGAGUGCUACUGCGGCCACAAGAUCCAGGCGACGAACGUGAGCGAGGCGGAGUGUGACAUGGACUGCAAGGGCGAGCGGGGCAGCGUGUGCGGUGGCGCCAACCGCCUCUCCGUCUACCGGCUGCAGCUGGCCCAGGAGUCAGCCCGCAGGUAUGGAAGUGCGAUCUUCCGAGGCUGCUUCCGGCGGCCCGACAACCUCUCCCUGGCCUUGCCGGUGACGGCCGCCAUGCCCAACAUGUCCGUGGACAAGUGUGUGGAUCUCUGCACGGAGAAGGAGUACCCGCUGGCGGCCCUUGCGGGCACCGCCUGCCACUGUGGGUUCCCCACCACGCGAUUCCCCCUCCAUGAGAGAGAGGACGAACAGCUCUGUGCCCAGAAGUGCAGCGCGGAGGAGUUUGAGAGCUGCGGGACUCCCAGCUACUUCAUCGUGUACCAGACGCAGGUCCAAGACAACCGCUGCAUGGACAGAAGGUUCCUCCCAGCCAAGUCCAAGCAGCUCAUCGCUCUAGCCAGCUUUCCAGGCGCCGGGAACACAUGGGCGCGCCACCUCAUCGAGCUGGCCACCGGCUUCUACACUGGCAGCUACUACUUCGAUGGUUCUCUCUACAACAAAGGGUUUAAAGGUGAGCGAGACCACUGGCGCAGCGGGAGGACCAUCUGCAUCAAGACACACGAGAGUGGCCAGAAGGAGAUCGAGGCCUUCGACGCGGCCAUCCUGCUCAUCCGAAACCCCUACAAGGCCCUCAUGGCGGAGUUCAACCGCAAGUACGGCGGACACAUCGGCUUUGCUGGUCAUGCCCACUGGAAGGGCGAAGAGUGGCCUGAGUUUGUGAGGAACUAUGCCCCGUGGUGGGCCACUCACACGCUGGACUGGCUCAAGUUCGGCAAGAAGGUGCUGGUGGUGCACUUCGAGGACCUGAAGCAGGACCUCUUCGUCCAGCUGGGCCGGAUGGUCAGCCUGCUGGGCGUGGCCGUCAGGGAGGACCGGCUGCUGUGCGUGGAGAGCCAGAAGGACGGCAACUUCAAGCGCUCGGGGCUCCGGAAGCUGGAGUACGACCCCUACACGGCGGACAUGCAGAAGACCAUCUCUGCCUACAUCAAGAUGGUGGACGCGGCCCUCAGAGGGAGGAACCUCACGGGCGUUCCGGAUGCCUACUACCCUAGAUGAUGGGCCAGAGGUGGGGGGUGGCUGGGAGCCCAGGCCAAGCAGGCCCUGGGGACCCCGGAGCCCUGGGGACCCCCACCCUUCAGUCCUCUCUGGUUUGGGGACAACCCCCUUGGCUGCUGUUGGCCCUCAAUGAGUUUCCUGCGUGACAAAGGAGGUUCAAGGGAAGAGAUUGUGCGGGCACUUCCCACCUACUCAUGUACACCUCCCCCUUGGAGAUGGAGCGGGCAACUGGUCCCCAGCCACAUGGACCCUUCUCUGUCUCCUGUGUCCCUGCCCCCAACCACUCUGGCUCCACUUGUGGGAGGACGGGCUCAUGGCUGUCCUGGAGACGUGGGUGUCCCAUCGCAGGUAUUGAGGACCCUGGCCCAGGAGCUGACGGGAAUGAUGUAGAAAAAGUGGCCCCAGACUCUCUUCCCUCCUGGACUGAGUGUUUAUAGCUUCCCCUCCUCCCGACCCGGGAAGCACUGGCACCAAGGUUCAUCCGGGCCACUUCUGCCUGAAGAAGGACUGCCGGAUGUUUCUCUGUGGCCUUAGGCUUCUGACAUUCUGGGGGAGCGUGGGGAGGCAAUGGUGCUCAGUGUAGGAUAACUGGCACCACCACGUGGGGUCACUGGCAUUCCCAAGUCCACCCCCAGGUCACACUGCUCCUGAGAAGCAAUCUGAUUGCCUGUCCAGUCCUGUCUGGAGCUGGCACUCUGCCCUUGUCCACCCCCGCCAUGUCCGGGAGGUGACCCACUCCCAGGGCUCCUCAAGCAUCAGCACGGAUCUCACUGGGAUGACCACCUGGCACGUGCAGGACCUGAGAGCCCCGGUAACACACCUCUCCAUCGUGGGGUCCAACACAUUGAUCUGACACUGCCCUUCUGAUCCCUACCCAUGGGUCCUUUGCUAUCCAGCAGAGAGAGCAAGAGUGCUCCAAAUCAGGUGGAACCGUGACCAAAAGACACCCCCCUACCUUCCCAGGCCAUCGACCUCCCUUUGAUGGUAGUCCAAUGGGGCCGGCUUCCCUUGGGGGUCCUUUAAGGAAUGGGGUGAACACAAUUGUUCCUCAUGUCCAUACAAACGCUGCUUUUUUGAGGCUGAGACAUCAAACCAAAGGAUUCCCAAGGACCUGAGUCAGAGAUCAUUUAUCUUUGGAAGCAUUGAUCCAGGAUCCCACGUCUCCCCCCACAACCUUGGGUACCAGUGUUUUCACAUCAGGCUCACACCUGCACACCUGCUCCAUCCCCCACCUUGUAGAUGCAAAAGCCAUAGGUCACAGCUCUUUGCUAUUCUGUCUGGAGCAGCCCUCCCCCAAGCAGCCACCCCCUGAGGCUUUGGGGUGCAGGUAAAUGCUCGUUCCCAAAUAGCCAAGAGACUAUGGAGAAGGAGAGUGUAAAGAGAUCUAUUUUUUUAAGAGGAAUAUGACUAAUACAUUCCACCCCCUCAGAACCUGGUCAUGCAAGGAGAAGGGCCUAGGGAUUGGACCCAGGUUCCCUCAUCUGUAGGAUCUGGGCCUCCCCAGGGCCCAGUCAGGGGGCUCUGAAUGUAUUUUGUACUGUGUUCCUUUCCCCCAGGCAAAUUUCUAGUCUUUCACAAAACAGUAGAGGGCUUGGCCUCCCCUCCCUCUUAGGGGUCAGCUCUCUCUGGGAGACUCUUGGUCCAAGACCUCGGCCAGUUCUUUGCUGGUGUUCACCUCAGGUCACCAGCCUUUGUCUGAAGAUUCCUCAGGUCAACACCAUCAUUAAAAGCAAGUUUUGUUGAAAA